AUGGAGAUCUACAUUCGUUUUAAUGAUGACUGUGAAAACGACUACGCCUUCCAAGUGUCUAAGGAAGAUACUUUUCAAUCAAAGACUAUGAAAAUAUUUGAAGAAACUGGUGGGCUGUCACAUUACAUGGUGCUGAAGCCAUCGAUUUUUUACAAGGACAGACCUAUUGCACUAUAUAAGUCAAUGCAUCCAGGGUUCUUGACGGAGAACGGCUGUGUGAUUUUUCACUAUGACGCAGACAAGAAAGAAUAUUUAGAAAAGUUAGACCUAACGGACAAGAAAAUUAUUGAUCAGUUAUGGCCGGGCCAACUGGUAGUUCCAAAGUGGGAGGUUAACCGCAAGACUGUUAUAAUCUACAUAUUGACUAUACUAGCGUGGUUAUACACCGAUCUGCCCGAUGUGAUAUCUCCUACGCCUGGUAUUUGCUUAACCAACCAAGUCUCAAAGAGAAUAAUGGUGUUGGCAUAUAAAUUCAACUACGUUGGUGUCGCAAAUAAGUUGAAGGAAGAAAUCCAGGUUAACUCUGCUGGUGUGAUUGCUCAAUGGCUUUUCUUCCUGCUGCACAUCUUAAAGGUUCUCAUCGUAACCUCCAUCUUCUACACUGGUAUGGCCAAUCCAAUUUCUUUCAACCCUUUCAAGUUCUACAGCACCAGAAGUAUUGUUGUAACUAAGAAUAAGGCAACUAUUAAGGACACAUUGCGUGACCUUGGGUGGAUUGGCGCCAAGAGAGCGACCUAUGAUGAUUACAGAGACACUUAUUACAAGUACGCUAUCGACAAGGCAGGCGGUAUGGUGCCUGCUUACAAGAGUGGGGCGAUGAAGAGUGCUGCUAGUCCAGGUGUUGCGCUCACAAACGGCGAAGGCUUCCAGACUCCUCUGGAUAAAAGAUUCACCGAAUCCACCUUUAAGACCAUGGAGAAAUCGGGCAAAUUUGUUUUGAGUGAAGAGUAUUUCAUCCAACUUGAGAAAGAUCUCAAGGAAAACAUAAAGAAGUGCGAUGGUGUAAUCCCAAAUAUCAAUGCUGAAAUAAGAAGAUUCAGGAGAUAUGGAUUAUUUGAGUGCAGCGAAGAACUUUCCCACUUGGUAGAACUAAGAAAGAAAGCUGCCGCCGACGCUGAAGCUGCUGCUCCAACUGAUGCCAAAGAGAAGAAAAACCAAUGA